AGUAUACUAUCGUGAAUCCUGUAUUUGGUGCGGGAGGGAACACUCCACUUAACCUGAGCUAACAGCAAACAUGGCAUUCAAACUCUCAUCAAUUCCUCUUCCCACUUCUCUCCAAUUCUCUCCCCGCCAAAGCCCUAAUUCCAAAUGUCCAAACCAUCGCCUUCCUCUCCGUUCCUUUUCACCUUCUCUUUCUCCCUCUCUCCGUUUCUCAAGCGCAGCCUCAGCGUCCACAUUUCACCACACUCGCUUCGUAACCGCUCGCGCGAUUCCAAGCCACGGCGAAGGCCAAUUCAGCGACGCUUUCGAAGAAGAAGACAAAGGCGAAGUAGUAUCGAGGCAGGGUGAGAAGAAGGAACUCGCGAAUCAAAGCAUAUGGAGUCAGAUAAAGGAAAUUGUCAUGUUUACUGGACCAGCAACUGGUCUAUGGAUUUGUGGACCGCUUAUGAGUCUCAUCGAUACUGCAGUUAUCGGUCAGAGAAGCUCAAUUGAGCUUGCUGCUUUAGGUCCUGCUACAGUUGUUUGCGAUUACAUGAGCUACGUGUUCAUGUUUCUAUCAAUUGCUACUUCCAAUAUGGUUGCCACUGCCCUUGCUAAACAGGACAAAGAAGAAGUACAACAUCACAUAUCUGUCUUGCUUUUUGUUGGGUUAUCUUGUGGCAUUAUGAUGCUUUUAUUCACACGGCUAUUUGGUGCUUCAAUUAUAACUGCUUUCACUGGGCCAAAGAAUGCACACAUAGUACCUGCAGCUAGCACUUAUGUCAAGAUUCGAGGCUUGGCAUGGCCUGCUUUACUUGUUGGAUGGGUUGCUCAAAGUGCGAGUCUUGGUAUGAAAGAUUCCUUGGGACCCUUGAAGUCUCUGGCUGCUGCUACUGUUAUUAAUGUCACUGGUUGUAUACUUUUGUGCACCUGCUUAGGCUAUGGAAUUGUAGGGGCUGCGUGGGCUACAAUGGUUUCUCAAGUUGUUGCUGCGUACAUGAUGAUUCAAACUCUAAACAUGAAGGGAUAUAAUGCACUUGCCUUCUCCAUUCCUUCAGGGAAGGAGCUUCUGAAUAUAUUUGGGCUUGCUGCUCCAGUUUUUUUGACACUGAUGUCAAAGGUCGCUUUCUACUCACUACUUAUAUAUUUUGCUACAUCAAUGGGUACACAUACAAUGGCUGCUCAUCAAGUCAUGGUCCAAACCUACACCAUGUGUACAGUAUGGGGUGAACCUCUCUCCCAAACUGCCCAAUCAUUUAUGCCUGAAUUAAUAUAUGGAGUGAAUCGGAGUUUGUCAAAGGCCCGAUUGCUUCUUAGGUCUCUUUUGACAAUCGGAGUUAUACUUGGAUUAUUGUUAGGGACUGUUGGAACAUCAGUUCCUUGGUUAUUUCCCUACGUUUUUACACCUGAUCGGAUGGUCAUUCAGGAGAUGCAUAAGGUGCUGAUUCCAUACUUUAUAGCGCUGGCUAUAACUCCACCUACUCACAGCCUUGAGGGAACAUUGCUGGCUGGACGGGAUCUGAGAUUUAUAAGUCUUUCGAUGUGUGGAUGCUUUUGUGUGGGUUCCCUUGUGUUAUGGACCUUGAGUAGUAAAUACGGUUUGCUAGGCUGCUGGUUUUCCCUCGCAAUAUUUCAAUGGGCUCGGUUUUCAAUUGCCCUCCAGCGCCUUCUUUCUUCCAAGGGCAUUUUAUACUCGGAAGAUACAGACCAGUAUAAGCUGCGAAAGCUAAGGACAGCUUAGUUAGUGACCUUUGUUUUGUUUUAUUUAUAGAAGAAUAUUGUCUUUUGCUCGCAAAUUAGAAUUAUAAAAUAGGCAUACAUUUCUAUUCAACACAGAUUACAUUACUUUUGCAUUGCAACACAAUGCACUGCAACUAAGUUGCAGCCAGUCUCGAUCUUUUCUCGUGUAUUUUAAUGUUGUUCAGAAUGCUUGUAAGCUGAACAAGAAUGCAAUUAAAUUAUUGUAGCAUGCUAAUGAAGAAGUCUCUAGUACCCCGAGAGAGAUGUUAA